AUGGCUGAAGUACUAGGACCUCUCGGCACGACGACUUCUAUUUUGAGUUUGGUUUUUACGAUGAUCCCGACUAUCAUGAAAGCUCGCCAGAAUUAUGUAGAGUGUCUUGAUCAACUGAGACGCUACAAAAUUCGGGUCGAUAGUUGCGAGGCAAGAAGAGAGACGCUGAUGGAGAAAUGUCAAGGCUCCAGCCUCUCGGCGAGUAGCAACACUGAGGGUAUCAUGGAAGAUGUCGUGCAACUUCGCGAAAGAAUGACCAAGGAACUUCAAAGUUACGAUAUAACCCAGACAGAACUGGAAAAUUGGCAGCAACAGAGGACGAUUCCGGACAAAAUCAACCGGAAUAUCAUAGAAGAUUGGAUCACUGGGAUGGAAAAGUCAGUGGAGGCCCUCGAGAAGCUUUUCCAAUCCGAAUUGGAACUUCAGACUGCUGGGCAUCUCAAAACUCUCAGUCAAGACAAUGUCCUCAAUCUAGAGGGAGUCAAGCGAUUCGUGAAGUCUCUUUCCAGGCUGGCAACGACACUUUACAAGGGCACCGUGACCAGUUUCGAGACUGCAUCUGCUCACGACUGGGCACUAGAGCUAGCACCGUCGGUAGCACUAGCGGACGUCGAAGAAUGGAAUUUCGCACAAGUGACCCUUGCCUUAUCUUUUUCAGGGCCAAGGCUGCAGCAACGGAAACAGCAAUUCAAAAUCCGAGCUUGCUACCAAGUGGGUGAGAAUACGGAUUCAGUCACUCGAUGGCAAGCCGAACAAAUUGUGAAAAACAAUAUCAAGGGCGUGUCUGGGCCUCCCAUAGAAGGACUUCUCUGCGUCGUUCAGCAGGACCAUGGAAGAAGAACACGUCCACUUGGAGAACUCUUUGUAAAGAACCCGCAUCUCUUCCUGGAUGUGGCAUGGAGACCGGAUCGUGUGUCAUUGAUCCUGGGCAUCGUGAAAUGGGCUCUGCUUCUUUGGGAUACAGAGUGGAUGAAACACCUUUGCUCUUACGGUCUUCAUAUCGAGAAGAUCCCAACCGAGAGAGUCGCAACUAAGGAUCCGAUCACCGAGGGAACUAUCGUCGAUGCAUCACAUGAAUACGCACCGACUGAUGAUAAGGCUUUAGGAGAAGAUGCAAGAAGGAGGGAUGACGCAGCAAAGUUAAAAGGUUGGCCAGAGGCAGCUAUGUAUUAG